UAGAUGUUUGCUUGUUGUGGAAAAAAGAAAAAGGAACGGAAACAUGCUUCAUUAGGAAAUCUUCAUUAGUUAAAUUUAAUUUGUUAGGAUGGAUUAUACUUUGAUAAGAAUCUUAAAAUAAUUACAGAAUUCAAUAAAACUAAUGUAUUCAAAAUAUAUUUAAUAGUAUUUUAGUUUUGUGAUACCUUAUAAGGAAACUGCAAAUAUUAUUGUCCAAUCUGUUUUAAAUAUUAUGACUGUAUAAUCUAUAUACAUUUUUAAUAGGUAUGCUUCAUACAACUUGUUGUACAAAUUAUGUUUGUCAUGUUUGUGCAGUAUAAUCUCUCGCCAAUAAAAUGUAUAAUUGUCAUUAUUGUCGAAAUGAUCACUGCAAAUAUGUCGAUGUUGAUCCUGCACAUUAGUUAAAAAUAUACAUAGAUUCACAUACUAAAUUAUGAAAUUUAUAUUAAUUAAUAUAUACAAAUGUAAAAAGUAGAUUACAUCUUUAAAAUUGUACUAAUAGGAUCCUAGAAUGUAGGCAAAUCUUCCAUUAUGGCCAGAUUUAUAGAUCAAGUGUUUAAUGAUAGUUACCUUUCAACAGUUGGAGUUGAUUUCAGAAUAAAAACCCUAUCAAUACAUGAUAAGACGUAACUAAGUACCCAUACUUAUUAGUAUUAAAAUGCAGAUUUGGGACACAGCUGGAUAAGAGCGCUUUUAGGCUUUAACUUAAUCUCACUAUAAGGGGGCUCAUGGUUGUAUUGCUGUAUAUGAUGUUACAUGCGAAAGGUACUUAUGUAAUUCUUAUUAUUUAUUAGAUCAUUUGAGGAUGCUAAGAAAUUCUUAAAAUUGGUGAUUGAAGAACAUGGCUUAAUACCCGAGGCUUGCUAUUUAAUUGCAAAUAAAGUUGAUUUAAUCAGUAAAAGAGUUGUAAGUAAAUCAAUUAUAUUCUAGAUCCUCUCCAAAAAUGGCAGUGAACUUGCUUAAGAUUUAGGUGUAAACUAUUUGGAAACAUCUGCUAAAACAGGAGAUAAUGUCAAUUAAUUAUUUUUGGAUUUAGGCAAAAUUAUUUUGAAUUUAGUGGAUUAGAAACGUACAAACGCCCAACCUCCUGAAAAUGAUACUAGAUUAAGAACUUUAGAUACAUAAAAGAUUGAAUAGGAAUAAGGUUGUAAAUGCUGA